UCUGCGUGUGCGCUAUCAGAAGACGUCAACGAUCUGAGAGCGAAGAGGAAGAUGAAGCGGAAGCGGAGGAUAGCAACGCUGUGGAUGCAAACGAUCUGGGCUACUCUGCCGAAGACGCAAAGGCGCGCAGAAGGGCCGAGUUGGAUGCCAGAAUUGCAGCGGCUGUCAAGGCCGGCAAGAAACGCCCUCGUAGAAAGAAGGGCGACGAAAUCGAUCUUGACAAGGAGAAUGAUGAGGAAAUCCAGGAGCUUUUAAAGAGCAUGGAGCGCGCAGCAGAUGACGAUUUUGACGCAAACAAGGAGAGAAGACUUGCCACGGCCAAACUGCGCAUGUUGCCUUCGGUGGUCGAAGUGAUGCAAAAGCAGAGCUUACAGCAAUCGAUGAUGGACAACAACUUUCUGUCGGGCGUUCGACGCUGGCUAGAACCAUUGGGAGACAGGAGCCUACCCUCGUUGACCAUCCAAAACGCCCUGUUUCCUUUGCUCGAAAAGUUGGAGAUCGAUACGAUGACGCUGAAGCAGAGCGGACUAGGCAAGAUCGUGCUCUUCUACACCAAGUGUGGACGCGUCAGCUUGGACAUUAAGCGAAUCGCAAACAAGUUGAUAGAAAGUUGGACCAGACCCAUACUCAAGAGGGACGCUUCCGAGCGCGCUCAGAAGGCCGCCAUGGCAGAGCGCGCAAAGAAGAUGCGCGAAGCUGAAAAGGAACGCAGGAGAGAGUUGGGAGAGAUGGUGGAUGAUGAUGAAGAGGUGGAGGAGCUGGCUGCUGCUGCUGCCGCUGCUGGUGGAGGUGGCGAACACGGCAAGGACGCCGCGCAGAUCAAACUCAACCGAUUCAAGAGGCGCUUGAGAGAGGGCAAAAAGUAAGAGGGAGAAGGCAGUCUGUGCUCGGCCCUCUCCACCUACUUUGGGUGCCCAUGGUCUUUCAUCAGUGUCACACUCUUUCAACGCAGAGUACGGCUUGAGGCUACACAUCAGGCAGUGCCAUUCAUGAGCUUCCCGGCUACUUGUAGAUGACUUUAGAAUCCCGCACCGCACCGCACCGCCUCAGACCGUUCGACUCAACCCAGCUUUCCGGCCACGGUCGCUGCUUCGACGAACGCAAUCCUCAUCAUACGACGACCAAGUGUUUCCUGAGCGACUUUGGUGG